GUGAUCUGAGGUCUUGGAUUUCGGCUGAGUUCGUGAUUCUCCGGCGAGGAAGCGGUUUUCCGGCAAGUGCAUCUGCUUUUCCUAGCGCAGUUCAAUAUCCCCCUUUGAUUGGGCGAUCCGCAGUUCCGUGUUCUGAGGUCUUGGAUUUCGGCUGAGUUUCGUGAUUCUCCGGCGAGGAAUCGGUUUUCCGGCUAGUUCAUCUGCUUUUCCUAGCGCGGGAGGAACAAGAGGAGCGAUCCUAGUUCUGGAGGAACAAGAGGAGUGCUAAUGAAUCGGGCUCGCACUCAAUAUUGAUUUGUUCCUUUUCUCAGGAUGUAUUUGAGUCCAAAAAUUGAGCUUGAAUAGAGUUGUGUGAGGAAUGGAGAAAGGAGGGUGGAUUCCGGUUUUGAAUCAGAGAGGAAGUAAAGGAGGAUGGAGAAAGGAAGCUACUGCAAAAUUAUUCACGAUCUUUGUUGAUGAUCUACCCAGAUCGAUGAACUUGAAGAUGCUGGGGGAAAUAUUCAGGAAGUUUGGAGUGGUGAAGGAUGUCUACAUUCCUCUGAAGAGAAGGAGAGUGAGGAACACUAGGUUUGCUUUUGUCAGGUAUGACUGUGAAGUGGCAGCAGAAGUAGCAGUACAGAAGGCUAAUGGGAUAUGGGUGGAUGAUAAACAACUGGUAGUGAAGCAUGCGGAUUAUGGUAAGAAUGAUAUGGAAGUCAAAAUCCGAUAUCCUCCUCAAACAAAAGGGUUCCCACAUGGUGGAAGGGGUGAGGGCAGUGUAUGGAAGCCAGCAGCAGGUGUUCGGACAUAUGCAGAGGUCAUUAAGAAUAGUCAUGGUAUGGGAAGUGGAAUUGUGUCUGUCCAGGCAGAGGAAGUCGGAAACGGGUGGCUAUAUGAAACUGUAGUGGUUCGUCUUAAAGUUGAAUACGCCAAUGUUAAGAUUAAAUAUGAAUUACAGCAAAGGGGCAUGGAGAAUGUGGUAGUGAGGGAUGGAGGAGGUAGAGAUGUGUUGUUAACAUUCAACUCUAAGGAGUGUAUGAAGGAUAGUUUGGGGACUGUGAAGGAAUGGAUAGGGGAUUGGUGCGAUGAAAUUGUGAGGUGGAAUCCUGAUGUUCAUAGUGGAGGUGAACGUAAGGUGUGGGUCUGCUGUUUUGGGAUCCCAUGGAGUUUAUGGAAUAGAACAACUUUAAAUAGAAUUGGGAAGGUAUGGGGGGAGGUUAUUUGUAUUGAAGGAGAUAUAUGCAAUCCAGAAUCGUUUGAAUAUGCAAGGAUUCAAAUUUUAACAAAGUGUAUGGAGCCUAUUAAUACCAUAAUUAAUCUGGAGUGCAAAGGGUAUUCCCAAACUGUGAGAGUGUGGGAACAUUUAUCUGGGGCACCACAGAUAUUGGCUGGGAGGAGUGAGAGCUCUAUGGUACAGGGAGGGGUAGGAGCCUGCAGUUCAAAUAAGGGGGUGAAGGUGGGUGUAGCAGUUAUGGCGACUGAUGUAGCUGUAGAAGAUGACGAUUGGGUUGGUGAGUCAGCUAGGGAGCUGGACCAAUUGAAGGAGGUGUGUAUUGGGGUUGGGCCCGGAAGAGUGAGGUGUAGCGAUGAGGUGCAGAUGGGAUCACCAAGGCAGUCUGAAACUGUGGUUCCAGAGUCUACUGGCAGUGAGCUCGAGGGUAUAGCAGAUAGCAUUAUGGAAGUAGCUGGGAGCAUAGGCAAUGGCUGUGAGUUGGAAGGUCAGAAAAGUAAGGAGCAGGUUGGCAUGAAAGGGGCUGUUAAAAGCUUGAGUGGAUCUAGUUUGCUCAAACCGGGGGUCCAUUUAGAGGUGGUGCUGGGUCGGAAUAAUGGAAUGGGCCUAUGUAAUGGGCCUGUGGUUAUGAGGGCAGGAGGGGAGACGCAAACCCAAGGCUCCAAGGCUGGUCUUCAAAGUGGGCUACAGGUUGAAAAGAGCCCUUUAAUAAUAUGUUCUGACAUACCUGAAUCACAGUGCAACGAAUUGAGCUCAAGGAAAAAACUACAGAAGAAUAGAGGGAUGAAGAGAGUAGUUACGAAAUCUAGUGGGAAGAAAAUUAGAGAGAUGAAGCAGGGAUAUCUUAAGCGUCCAAAAAGCCAUAAUCAUAGAGGAGCCUCUUCUAGUAAAUUGGGACCGAGAGGUGCUAUAUGGAGAGCAGCAGCUGCGGUAGCAUCAGGUGUAGAUUCAACAGCUAGUGGAGUAGCUAGAAGCAGAUCGUUGCUUAAAGAGGCUCAGGGAACUAUUCAGAUGGGAAAGUUGUUGGGUAUAAACUAUAAAGGUAAAGAAGAGGAAGUGCUAACCAAAAUCUUGGACCUUGAAGCUAAUGAUAGAGCAAGGAGGGGAGGGAAUGUAGUUCUUGUGGAUUGAUAAGAUCUUGAGGGGUCAGAGUUCAGUGUAAAUGGUUAUGAUGAAGCUACUAACAUGGAAUGUCAGGGGUUUGGGGAGAAAGGAAAAAAGAAGUAAAAUUAAGAGGUUGUUGAAGGAUAGAGGUAUUGAUAUAGCUCUUUUUCAAGAGACAAAGAAAGCCUCCAUGUCUGAAAAGGAGAUCAAAGAGAUUUGGGCUAGGGAUAGUAUGGAAUAUAUGACUGUGGAUGCUGAGGGCUCUGCUGGUGGCCUAUUAUGUAUUUGGGAUCCAGCUGUUUUUCAGAUGUCAAGUUGCUGCUGUAAUAGAAGGUUUGUUCUUCUAUCUGGGUCUCUAUUCUUUUCUUUUGAUUGUGUUUUGAUCAAUGUGUAUGCACCAAAUGAAGUGGGCCAAAGAGGUAAAUUGUGGGAGUGUCUUCUAAAGUU